AUGAUUUUUAAUAAUUUAAGAAGUUUAAACAAUUUAAAUAAAAACAAAACAAUCAAAACAAACAAUUAUACUGCAAAUAUUAAUAAUGAAGGUAUAUUUACAUCAAACCAAAGUUCUGACUUGGUUAUUAAAUUAUUUGGACGUCCUGACUAUCAAUUUGUAUAA